AAGCGAAGUGGAAGUCGUUUGGCUUCAUGUUAAAGUUUCAUAGGCUUACGUAACUUCGUUUUUUUUUUUUUUUUUUAUAGCUCAGCUCGCUAGCCGAGACACGUUAACGCAUUUCGAUCUGCUUUUGCUUCGAUUUGUUAAUGUUGUUUUGAGAGGGCGUUACUCGCUUUACACUGGACCAAGGUCUCAACAUUGAUGCAACAAAAUACUACUGACUGAUGGCCAGAGUGUUGAGACUUGGAAAAUGAGGAGAGAAAAUCCAGUCCACGAAGAACAAUUGAAAAAUGAAAAAAAUGAGGACGUCACUGUAGAAGAUCUUCACCCUGAGAAGCACGGUCCCCUCCAUGUUAAACAGGAGGAGGAGCCCGAGAUGCUGUGUAUCAAACAGGAGGCGGAGCUAGAGACCCCCUACAUUAAAGAAGAAGAACAGGAUGAUGAAAUCCCUAAGUUUCCAAUGUGUGUCAGUGUGAAGAUCGAAGAAGACGAAGGUCCAAGCGAAGAGCGCGGAUCAGCGAAACAUCCGAAUGACAGCUCAUUUCAGCACCUGACAACAAAACGAGAGGGACAAUCGCAACCGGACGGCCUCUUAGCUCCGCUUUCGGACAGCAACGACAUAACAUCACACUCUUCUGACUUUAACUCUGAUGAGGAGGAGGAUGACUUUAACCAAAAUGCUUCAAAAUCCUUAAACAAAUCAUCGUUGAAAACAGACACUCAAGAAUGCGCAGUGAGGAAAUCUUUUCCCUGUUCACUUUGUGGUAAAAAAUUUUCUUGGAAACAUCACUUAAAAAGACACACACGCACACACACCCGGGAAAAGCGUUUUGUCUGCACAUUUUGUGGUAAAAGAUUCACCGAGAAGGGAUAUUUGAAUGCACACACAAGAACACACACUGGCGACAAGCCUUUUGCCUGCACACUUUGCGAUAAAAGUUUUUCUCUGGAGACCUAUUUAAAAAAGCAUCAGCGUACACACACUGGAGAGAAGCCUUUCGCCUGCACACUUUGCGAUCAAAGAUUUUCUCGGAGUUCUUGUUUAAAUAGACAUAAACGUAUACACACUGGAGAAAAACCUUUUGCUUGCGUAGCUUGUGGUAAACGAUUCACCCAUAAGGGAAAUCUAAGCAAACACACACGCAGACACACUGGAGAGAAGCGUUUCGCCUGCACACUUUGCGAUAAAAGAUAUUAUCAUAAGCCUCAUUUAGAAGUGCAUCAGCGUACACACAGUGGAGAGAAGCCUUUUGCCUGCUCACUUUGUGGUAAAAGAUUCACCGGGAAGGAAGGUUUAAACAAACACUCAACCAGACACACAGGGGAGAAGCCUUUCACCUGCACACUUUGCGAUAAAAGAUUUUAUUGGAGGGCUCAUUUAGAAGUGCAUCAGCGUACACACAGUGGGAAAAAGCCUUUUGUCUGCACAACUUGUGGUAAAAGAUUUGCCGAGAAGGGAAGUUUAACCAAACACGCGAGCAGACACACUGGAGAGAAGCCUUUCGCUUGCACUCUUUGCGACAAAAGAUUUUCUCAGAAGAGUCAUUUAGAAAUACAUAAGCGCACGCACACUGGAGAAAAGCCUUUUGCAUGCUCACUUUGUGAUAAAAGAUUCCGUCAGAAGGGUUGUUUAAACAAACACGCACGCACACACACUGGAGAGAAACCUUUUGCCUGUUCACUUUGUGAUAAAAGAUUCGCUCAGAAAGGAAAUUUAGUCUCGCACUCAAGAAGACACACUUGAGAGAAGCAUUUUGCCUAGGAUGACCAAACGUCCUCUUUUGCCCGGACAUGUCCACUUUUUACACCCUUUUCGGGGUGUCCGCCGGGAUUUUAUAAAUUCAUGAAAAUGUUUUCGGUUUUCACGCCUGUGUUGAAAUUGACUGACGCUUUGCACAGAAUACUACGGUACUGUGCUGCCUGUGACAUGAUCCCAAGAGCCUGGUUCUGUUGUACUCAGUAACACAGAAAACAAACGUCGGAGGAUUGUUACAUUUCCCCCAAAAGUGCUUAAACACACACACACACACACACACACACAAAAACUGACUAAAGUGACUUUUUUUUUGUGUUAGUAUUUUUGUGAAGCUACAGUUUGAUUUACAUUAUUUCACUGGAAAGAGGAAAGUUAUUUUUGUUAAAGCUGGAUUUUUUUUACAGGAGGGUUAUUAUUUAGAAUAUUUUUUCAGAUUAUUUAUUUGUACGGUAAGAAUUGAAAAGACAGCUAUUUUGUUCAAGGAUGAUUCGCAAAUACAGA